AUGGUAUUAGAUAAAGAUAGCCGCAAUGGCAUUGGGAUUUCAAAUCUUCCUAAUCAGAGACACAAAAUUGUUGCUAGAUCUGGAGCUACAUUUACAUUGAUGCUUGCAGGUGAAUCAGGUCUUGGAAAGACAACAUGGAUCAAUACACUUUUUAGUACGACAAUUAAAAACUAUUCUAAUAAUAAAAAACGAUUUUGCAAGCAAGUUAGUCAAACAGUAGAAAUUGAGAUUACCAAAGCAGAAAUUGAAGAGAGAUUUUUUAAGGUUAAUUUAACUAUUAUUGAUACACCGGGGUUUGGUGAUUAUGUAAAUAAUAGCGAGGCGUGGCAGCCAAUUGUAGAGUUUAUUGAUGAUCAACAUGAGUCAUAUAUGCGUCAGGAGCAGCAGCCGAAGAGAAUGGAGAAAAUUGACCUUCGUGUGCAUGCAUGUCUUUAUUUUAUUCGUCCUACGGGUCACACAUUAAAGCCUUUGGAUAUCGAGGCAAUGAAACGUUUAGGAACACGUGUGAACUUAAUUCCAGUGAUUGCAAAAGCCGAUUCUCUUACUCAAAGUGAUUUAAGUAAGUUUAAAAGACGAAUCCGCGAUGUUAUUGCAGCACAAGAAAUUAAUAUUUUUACUCCGGUUAUUGAGGAAGAUGAUCCAGCUGCUGCAGAACAUGCAAGAAAUUUAAUAGCUGCUAUGCCUUUUUCGUUGAUUGGAAGCGAUAAAGAUGUACAAACACCAGAUGGUCGAAUGGUCAAAGGAAGACAAUACAGUUGGGGAGUUGCAGAAGUUGAAAAUGAUGAACAUUGUGAUUUUAAAAAAUUGCGUUCUCUCCUUAUUCGUACACACAUGUUGGAUUUGAUUCAAACAACCGAAGAAGUCCAUUAUGAGGCAUACCGUGCACAGCAAAUGGAGAUUCGUAAAUUUGGCGAAGCAAAAAGUCGCAAACUUGAUAAUCCGAAAUUUAAAGAAGAAGAAGAAGCCUUACGUAAAAGAUUCACCGAGCAGGUUAAAAUAGAAGAAGCUCGUUUCAGACAAUGGGAACAAAGGCUUAUUGCCGAACGUGAUCGUCUUAAUAAAGAUCUUGAGACUGCCCACACUAGUAUUAAACAACUCGAAGCUGAACUAGAACAUAUGCAAUCUGUUCAAAACAACAGUAGCCGUCGCAGAUAA